AUGGCCGCCAACGCCGACGCGCCGGCCAAUUGCAAAGUAGUCCUCGCUGGCGGCAUCGCGAAAAGACUCCUCGUCGAAGUCGCCGAAGGCCUGGAGCAAGUCAGCAAACCACCGCUGCUCGUAGGCUUCCUCUCCAGCACCGAUCCCGCCGCGCGCAUCUACGCAGACUGGACCGGUCGAACAUGCCGCGAAAACGGAUUCGAGUUCCAGCUCCGAGAAGUGGAUCGCGAGGAGCUCGAAGACGCGAUCAUGGCCGCGAACAACGACGACUCUGUAGACGGCAUAAUGGUGUAUUAUCCCAUUUUUGGGACCGGGCAGGACCGCUACAUACAGCAGACCGUGGACGUCAGCAAAGAUGUUGAGGGUCUUACGGAUCGCUAUGUGCGGAACAUGUAUCACAAUGUGCGCUUUCUGGACGAGGAGAAGCAGUGCAAAAGCGUGCUUCCCUGCACGCCUCUCGCCGUCGUCAAGAUCCUCGAGUAUCUGCAGAUAUACAACACGUUCUUGCCGUACGGCAACCGCCUACACGGACACACUAUCACAGUGAUAAACCGAUCGGAAGUCGUCGGACGGCCCCUAGCUGCGCUGCUUGCCAAUGACGGAGCUUGCGUAUACUCAGUCGACAUCGGCAACGUCCAACAAUUCACUAGGGGCGCAGGCCUCAGGGAGAAGAAGCACAAGGUGAUGGACGAUCCGAAGUGGACGCUGGAGAACCGGUUGCCCUUGAGCGACGUGGUCAUCAGCGGAGUUCCAGGUGACAAGUUCAAGGUCCCAGUGCAUCUUUUGCGGGAAGGGGCGGUGUGCAUCAACUUCUCCAGCGAGAAGAACUUUGACCCAGAGGUCAAGCAGAAGGCCUCGAUUUACGUCCCUGCUAUCGGGAAGGUGACUAUUGUUGUAUUGCUUAGGAACCUCUUGCGAAUUGUGCAGAACCGAAAAGACACCCAAGGGCAUCCGGCGGCGGCGGUAGAGAAGAAUGGCACUCUGGAGCAAGCGGCGCCUGGACCGUGA